UAAAUGCAUGAAACAAAAGAAACUCCAUUCCAUGUACUAGUACCAAAUCAUAAAUCUUUCUCUCUAAACUUAGAAAACUGCAUAUAUAUUUCCUAUAUUCACAUCUACAGGCCAUAUGUACAGACACAUACACGUAAAUGAGAGAGAAAUUGUGGAGAGAGAAAUCAAGACUCUUGGAAUUCUUGGUCUUUUGCAGGUCUAACUGAUCGCCGCCGCCGCCGCCGUUCAAUCAGGCAAUCGAAUGGAGGAGAACCCGUCUCGUGUUCCGCGUGAAAGUGGGUCCGGCGAGGCAUGUUGUUCAAGAAGGGGACCCACAACAAGGAGUAACUGCCGGCGGCCGGCGGAGGACGUCUCCGGAGAUCUGAACGAGUGCUCCGGCAAGCAUUGCCAAUCAUGCAUCGGCGGCCUUGUGGCUGACUGUGUAGCCCUCUGCUGCUGUCCCUGUGCUGUGGUAAGUUUCUUUGCUCUUGCGUUCUUUAAGGCUCCGUGGAUGAUGGGCAGGAGGUGCUUGGGGUUGGGGAAGAAGAAGAAGAAAAAGAAGAGAAAAUGUGAGGGGGAGAUCGAAGGGAAUUCAAGAAAUGGGAGGGCAGAAUUGGAAAUAACGGAAACUAGAAUUGGGUUUGAAGAUUGGGAAGCGAAAGAUGGGGAUUCGAGUGCUAGGUUUGAGGCAGAGAGGGUUUGGUUGGAGUUGUACCAGUUGGGUCAUUUGGGUUUUGGGAGGGUUUCCUUUACUGGAGUUCCUUCUCAAGGUAAGGGCAAUUAGGGUAGAAAAAUAUAUAUUUUUCAUGAACUUCAAAGUCCUGGUAAUUUGUUCAUUCAAUAUGGCUGGAGGGUAGGUUUUUACACUUUACUAUCUGGAUUGGGAGUUAAGUGUUCCUCAUUUUUGCCCUUGGCCAUGAAUUGUACUAAUUUGUAGAGGAUUAUGAGAGGAAAAAAUGCCUUUUUGGUUCCCCCACCCCAUUUUUCUUCCUCUUCCCCUCACAGUUUGGGAAAAUGGGUCAUUUGGAAAUUUCGGGUUGUUGUUGUCCAUGUUGCCGAAAAAGUCAAUUGGCCAUGGAUUGUAUAGCUGAUUUUCCAUCAUUUCUCUCUCAAAGUGAAAUUGGGGGGGGGGGGGGGGGGGGGGGGGGGGGUGUCGGAAGAGUUUUUUCCUAGAAGCUCAAGUGAAGGUUAAACAACUGGAUGGAUUGAUUUGAGCUUCAUAGCCAAUCCUAAGGCUGCAAUCAAAGUGAAAAUGUCGUAGUCUAGUGAAUCCCAGAUUAGAGGUUCUUGUUUCCAAAGGCUGCAAUCACUACCUUUGGGCUAUAGUUCUGUUUUCUGAGUUCGACGAUUAGGGGUGCAUGUCCAAGCAGCUUCUGUUUGGUUGAUACCAAGGGGGACAAAUCAUCAUCUGAGGAGCCAUACAAAUGUUUGAAAUGGGUAGCGUAUGUGCACCAUGAUUGGGAUUGGAAACUAUACCAAUAGUAGCUCGGCAUCGGGAAUCAAUGACUUUUUCAACACCCGAAGGUAGCCGCACAAGCCCAUGUGCAGCAUUUGAUGGUGAUGCUUCAUCUUGGUUUGAGCUCUAUGAAGGUCAACUUUUUCCCCUGCCAGGCCUGCCUCGUCUUUAAUUGUACAGCUGUGGAAGUAGAUCUCAUCUCACUGAGCCUGCCUGAGGCUCUAGGCCCUGGCACUUCUGUUUGUAGUUUGUUCCUUUGUCUUUGUUUUUCUGUUUCUUUGGCAUUUUUGUGCUUCCCGUUUGUAUUUGGCUCAGUGAAGAAAUGAAGAAUUGGUUCCUCUUUAUGUCGAUGAGAAAUGCUCGAGACACAGGUGCCCGCACGCACCAUCUGA